AUGGCGCACAUCCAGUACAUCGAUGGGUUGAUUCGCGAGUACAUUCUGUUUCGCGGCUUUUCCAACACGCUAAAAUCCUUCGACAAUGAGUUGAAAAGCGACAAGGACAAAAGUUUCCGCGUCGAUAAGGUCAUCGAUCAGAUACUCCUGUUGGUACACAACCACGAUUUAGGUGGGUUGCGUGAGCUGUGGGCCCACUUAAAUAAUCAUCUGUUUCGUAAUUUGGAACACCAUUUCGCCGCAGCCGUGAACAAGCUAGAACAAUCUGUGCUGAAAUUUUAUCUCAUUGUGGCGUACACAUCCAAUAAAGCGGAUAAAAUUACGGAAUUUUUCACUAAACUUUCGCCAGAGCUCGUAAGCCAAAGUGAAUGGAAAGAGUGGUUCUUUUUCCCAUUUUGCAAAAAUCCGGAAGAACAUGCGGCAUUUGCUGUAUGCUUCACAAAACAAUGGCAGGACACGUUGCUUAUAUCGCUACACAACUUUCUAUCCACGAUCUAUCAGUGCAUGCCGCAGCCGAUCAUUUCGAAGGCCGAAUCCGAAGGGUGUCUCAUUAAAAAGCUUCAAGAAGAGAAUGGGCUAUUGCGCAGCAAGUUGACCACCAUCCAGCAGCAGCAAUAUCUACAGACGGCCGGAACCGGUAGUCACCAUUCCAGACUAAGUGCAUCGUCCAGCGGUGAUCAGAGACUAACGGCCGAUGGGCGAAUAAAGUACUCAACGCGGCCGUCCUCGAGCAUGCUAUCGUUGAAUGAUCUCCAGCCAUUUGGCAUUCCUCCUCCGACCCACAUAGUGGACGAUUUCUACAUCAUCGCUCAGGAAUCGAACAGCAUAAGUUCAGCGGCUGAAAAUCAGGCUAGAGGGUUGAAAUCGCUCAUCAGAAACAUUGGUUCCGGUGGAAGUCCCGUACUUGGGCGACGAGACGCGGUACUGGAGCGUAACAAGAAACGCUCCGGCAGUGUUGGCAGUCGAAGCAACUGGAUACACAGUUGA